AUGUUUCAGCAAAAGCAAAUAAAAUUAACUACUCGAACGGAUUAUAAGGAGGGGCAAUAUAAAACUAAUUUGUUUUGGCAAACAAUAGUUUUUCAAGAGCCAAAAGAAAAGAAAAAGAGAAAAAGUCUUACCAGUAGCCAGAAAGCUAAAGUAUGUCAACUAAGACAAGAAGGAGUUAGCCAAGUUAAAAUAGCUGAAAAAUUUAGUGUUGCCGAAGCAACAAUUUCAGGUAUUGCACAUUAUAAAAAAAUAUUCUGUGAAGAUCGUAUAGAUGUGUUUGAUACUUUUUUGGAAUCUGGUGAUUCUCCCGAACCAAUAACUAUCAAAGAUGCGAUCGAUUUCGUUACUGCUGCUUGGAAUAAAGAUUUUCUAAGUGAAUUGUUCUCAUUUGAAGAACUUGACCAAGAUAAUAAACCAAAUAUUACUAGUGAGAUUCAGAGUUUAAUUAGUGCAGAAGAGUAUAUAAUUGCCGAUACUAACCUAAUUACUACUGAAAUGCCAAAUGAUGAUGAGAUAAUUGAAGCCGUAAAGAAUCGUGAAUGUAUUGAACUAGGAGAUGAAGUCCCAAAUAAACUAAUAUCUUUUACAGAAGCUUUAGAAUUUAUCAAUAGGAUCUUAUUGUUUCUCGAACAGCAACCAGAUGGUAGUUUUAAAGUUAACGAAUCUCUUAUUAGAAAUUUAAGAAAACUAAAAAAGAACGUGAAGCUGAAAUAUAUUAAUUCAAGUCGACAAGUCAUCUUAGAUCCAUUCAUUUUUGGAUAA